AUGAUAAUCGAUGAGAUUGGGCGUAAGAGCGAAGCUGACGCCGCCCGAACGGCUGCUAGUCGCGGCGUUCGUCUGAUUGCGACUGCUCAUGGGUCAUUCCGAUCACUGCUGGGCAACCCUGAUACAAAUGGACUUCUGGGUGGCGUAAGCAAUGUGGUUUUGGGAGACGAGUACGCGAAAUCGAAAAUGGAAGACGGUAGCCAGUCCAACUUUAGGGAGUCCCGAGCAGAGCGACUGUCCAACCCUGUGUUUGAUGUUGCGGUUGAGCUCGGUGUUGGAGCCAAUGCCGAGUGCACAGUUAUCAUGAACACAGCCGAAGCUGUGGACAGGAUUCUGGCGGGCAAACGGUACAAAGUCCAGAGACGCAAUUGGGACGGUAUCUCCUCGUCAAUCCUACUAGUACUUCAGCUUGAUCGAGAGUAG